GCGCGUAUAUACGAGGUGUUACGGGCGGCAGCAGAGCGCAGCCGCGGCUCCGCAAUGUUUUGGUGCGACCCUGCAGGCUCUCUGCACGGAUCUCCGAUGCGGCCGGGGGCUUGAGGAGGGAGAGGCUGGUCAGCGCAUAGGGACGCCGAGCCGGUGAGCCCCUGCACAGCCCAGGGAGGACAAGCCCGCGGGGGAGAGGAGAGGAGAGGAGAGGAGAGCAGGGGGCGAUGAAGGCGUGAGCUCUGCAAGGGGGCUGGGGGCUGGGGGCUGGGGAAAUGCAUCUCCCCAAGAACUGCUCGCUGUUCAAGAUGGCCCUGGGCGCCCUGGCCGCCGUGGCGCUCCUGCAGCUGCUCUACCUGUCCUUCCUGUCCCGCCUGCACGGCCGGCAGCAGCGCUACCGCUACUCGGAGCUGUUCGGGGCGGCGGCGAGGCGGGGCGCCCGGCCGGCCCAGAGGGACGCGCACAAGGAGCGCCUCAAGUUCUCGCUGGCCACCGGCGGCAUCUUCGACGGCAGCGGCCAGUACCGCGUCUACAAGAACCUGCUGCAGAGCGACUUCUCGGCCGGCCGGCGGCCCGAGGCUCCGGCCCUGGCGCUGGCCACCCACACGUCCAUCAACAACCUGCACCAGCUGGGCCCGCUGCUGGAGCGCUGGCAGGCCCCGCUGUCCGUGGCCGUCUUCGCCCACGGCGCCGACGCCAGGCUGGCCACGGCGCUGGCCUACGCCCUGAGCGUCUUCUGCCCCGGCGUGCGGGCGCUGGUCGACCUCCACCUGGUGUGCCCGUCCGGGGAGGCGGCCAGCUUCCCCGCCGAGGACAGGGCGCCGUUCGCGGGCCUGGGGGACUGCGGGGGCGUGUGGGCGCGCCUGGAGGCCCAGCGGGGGCGCCUGCGGAACUACGCGCUGGGGGGCAACGUGUCGUACCCCAACAACCUGCUGCGCAACGUGGCCCGCGGCGCCGCCGAGGAGGGCGCCCCGUACGUGCUGGUGGCCGACGUGGACAUGGUGCCCAGCGCCGACCUGCCCCGCCUCUUCCUGGGCCUGCUGCGGCGCCGGCGCCCCGCCCCCCGCGAGGUCUUCGUGGUGCCCGCCUUCGAGAUCCGCCACGCCCGCCGGGUGCCCGCCGCCAAGGCCGAGCUGCUGCAGCUGUACCAGGUGGGCGAGGUGCGCCCCUUCUACGAGGAGCUGUGCCCGAGGUGCCAGGCGCCCACCAACUACUCGCAGUGGGUGAACUGGCGCGGGCGGGGGGCCGGCGCCGAGCUGGAGGUGGCCUACACGCUGGCCUGGACGGACCCCUGGGAGCCCUUCUACAUCGGGGCGCGCGGCCUGCCGCCCUUCGACGAGAGCUUCCGGCAGUACGGCUUCAACCGCAUCAGCCAGGCCUGUGAGCUCCAUGUUGCUGGGUAUCGCUUCUCGGUGCUCAGCUCGGCCUUCCUGGUCCACCGCGGGUUCAAGGUGGCGGGGGAGUUCCACGCCCAGAAGGAGGAGGAGAACCGGCAGAACCGGGUCCUGUUCCGCCGCUUCAAGGAGGGGCUGAAGGCCAAGUACCCCUCCUCCACGCGGCGCUGCUGACAUAGCUCGCCGGGCCGGGCAGGGCCGGGCCACGCACACCCCGGGAGCAGAGCCACAGUCACAGGCUGGGACCAGAAGGACGGCUGGCCCGGCGGUUCUGGUCCGGACCGGGAGGACAGCCGGUCCGGGGGUUCUGGUCCGGACCUGUCGGACCGGGAGGACAGCCGGUCUGCUGGGUGCUUGGUGUCGGCGCUGUGCCAGCCGGGUCUGACCGCGGACACGCAGAGCGUUGUGGGUGUGUGGCAGAGGCUCGUCCCGGAGCGACCCGGCUGUGUGGAGUGGGUCGUUAAUACUGAAAGCCACUCGGGUGGUGUUGGCGUGAGAUGGCGGUGUGUGCGCUGCCCCGAGGGAGAUGAGUCUCGCGCCGGGGGGCGGUGAGGCUCUGUACUGAAGGGCAGGCCGACAGGAAGGGCACUUCGGGAGAGCCGGGACGUCUCUGGCGCUCUAAAGCCCUGACUGGUGGUCACGGCAACGACCUUGUGACCUUGUGACCCGAAACCCUACUAAAGGGACACUGGACGGCUCUGGAACUGGGAGAAACGUCCCGCUGUUCGGAUUUUUCGUGUUUUUUUUUUAAUUCUCCGGGUUGUCGUAAACGUGAAAUCUGCAGCUAAAGUGAAUUUAUUUAUGAAUAAACCCCCUGCCGCCACCCACUUCCCACAGAGGGGGGUCCAGUCUGGUUUCUUUACUGGUUUGCCUGCAGCUCUCUGGUCACAGUGACCUGCAGUCCCGCCCGCCGACACCAGGUGGCAGCAGACUGCAGGGGUCGCUCUCGUGCCGGACGGGGUCUGAUUGAGGAAUCCCGUUGGGUCACGAGCCCGUGUGUCCGGCAUCACUGAGUGACCGCGCAGUGUUGUGUUACCCGCCCAUCCUCAGUGAAGGUGCUCAGUACUGUACGGCAGCAGCUACAGGUUUUGUGUAUUUAUGUUGAUCGUUGUAUCAAAACUCUUGAGAUAUAAAUGAGACUUUUGCAAAAGUUA